AUGUCGCAGAUGAUUGAAAGCAACGAGGCUUUGGAUAGUAGUAAUGCGAGGUCGAAACGAUUCAAAAAAUGCAAGGGUACAAACUUAGAGUUUAGGCGCGUGAAGAAAUACAAUAGGACUACGGUUACUGCUGCUUGCUCUUACUACAUAACUUUGGCUGCCAAGGAUCCAGCUAGAAGCAAACCUCUAACUUUUCAGACUAGAGUUAAUGAAGUAUGUUUUGGCAAGUUGAGUUUGACUUCUGAUAUUGCUAGACCUCGAGGGACUGAAGAUGGAGUGUUUACAACUGAUUACUAUGGCUAUGGUAAAGUGCCCCCUGAGGAUCUUUUUGAAAAUAGAAAGCGGUUUUAUGUGGUGAAGGAAUCAGAGCUGGAACAAAAUGACUGGAUUCGUCUAUAUUUGGAACUUGCAGUUGCUGCAACUCAUAAGAACACUGGUCGGAAUCAUGAUCUGUCCAACUUGAAGAUUCUGAAAGUGGCCAUAGAAACUCCUGAAGACUUGGAGCCACCUAAUGAGGGAUCACUCAGUGCCAUAACUGCUCUUGUGUACAUAAGAUACGAGGACUCUUGUGAGUCUCGUGUUGGUAAGGAUGUUGAUCGCAUUGCUAUUGUUAAAAGAACCUACAGUGAGCAUCAUGGAUCCUUUGUUCUCGAAGGUUGGAAUAAGCCUAUCAAAUCCGAGGUGGUGCAUGGCUUACAAGAGCUGCGGCUUUGA